AUGCAAGAACAACAACAACAACAACAAUCAUUGCCACUUGAACGAUGUGAUCUUCAUGGUCGGAAACAAAGGUUCUUGUGUAUCACUUGCAAGGUACCAUUAUGUUCCAAUUGUUUGAUUACAAAGGAGCAUUCCAAUCAUAAGAUCUUCAGUAUCGAUGAUAUCAAGUUGGACUAUUCAACAAUAACUCACUCAAAGACUAAAUCUGACAACGUUGCCUUCGGCCAGCCCUUUGUGCCUCGUCUAUUCUACCUCUGGGACAUGUUGCAGCAACUAUCAUUCACUUAUAGCACAUUGGAUAAGUCAAUCAAAGAUGUUGCUGAGCACUUUAGACAAGAGCAUGAGAAGUUGCGAUUGGAGGAGCACAAGAUGAACAGUCCUAUUAUCGAGGAAUUCAAAAAGACAAGGUCGACAAUGUCUGCCAUCAUCAAGGAGGUUGAGGACAUCUCAAUACUGUUCAAGAUGGUCCCACUAAACAGUGAUGAUGAUCUAGACUGUCAUGAUGAUGGCAAUGACGACUCUGAAAUCAAACGUAUAAAUACAGAGUUGGUCGAGUUCAUCAAGUCAUCAUCAACAACAUUAGUGGAUUAUAUGAAGAAGAACUUCAAACCUGUGACGGCUAGAGAAAUCGAGCAUCUCGGUGAUAAUGAGUUGAUGGCGUUGGCACAAAAACGCCUGCAAACGAUCAACACUCCUCAUAGAUUGACAAAGGCACUCAAAGCAACAUUCACUGUCAAGCAGUCACAAUCCUCUUCAAUCUUCUCAUAUAAAGCAGCGUCGAAUCACUGUGGCAUCUACUCACCAGAGACAGGCAAGUGGACAAGCAUUGAUGUUGUUGGUGAUAACGAACAGACGAAUACAUUUUCGGCGAUUGUUUUUGCUUGUGACAAUGUCUAUGUAUUUGGUGGAUACUCCAAUCCAUCAUAUGAACGAUAUUCAUUGAAAGAGCAUCGAUGGUACAAAGACCUUCCAUUAAUGGACGAUAUCGCAAAUACAGGAAUAUCAGUUUGUUUUGAUGGCGAUUCAUAUAUCUACUUGGUUGGUGGACAUGACAACCUCAAACCAUCAAACCAAGUGCAUCGCUUCAAUGUCCAUACACAACAAGUCGAAUCAUUUGGAAGCAUUCCUCUCAAUCUUUGGUUCUCUUUUGUCGCUCAUCACAAUGGCAAACUAUAUAUCUUGGGUGGACUCUAUGAGGAUUCACUCGAGAGCAAGACAUUGAUCACCUUUGAUAUCCGGACCAAGAAGACCAAUAUCAAUAACUUAGAUUUCAACAAGAGCAUAUAUUCUUGUUGCUUCGAUGGUGUUGACUCACUAUACUACAUCGAACCGAUAGGUUUCCGUCAAUUUUCCUUGUCAACUAUGCAGGCCAAGGCUUUGAGCCUCCCCAGUGGGCUAUCUUAUGGCUAUCCAAUUGUCUAUGACCCUAAUGGCGACCAAGGAACAAUAUAUAUGCUCCAAGGUAAAGGAAGAAAUCUCAAGUAUUCCAUCAAGCUCAAUCAGUGGACCACCUUGAAAGAUGACAUGGAAACAGAGAUAUCUACUUGGUGUGGUGCAUGUUUGAUCCCACCAGAGAGCAAAUAA